AUGGGAGGACAUGGCCAUGACGAGCCAUACUACCUCCAUGCCAAGCACAUGUAUAACUUGCACAGAAUGAAGCAUCAAGGGUUGAAGGUGACCCUUUCCGUGCUAGGAGCAGUUAGUAUCGGUGUUGGAGUCCCUGUGUACGCAGUCAUAUUCCAGCAGAAGAAGACCGCCUCAGCCCGCGACACCGUCGCCACGGGCGAGGAUUUCCCACUCGACGGGCGGGUGAUCGACCUUGACGAGAGCAACUUCGAGGCGGCGUUGGGCGCCAUCGACUUCCUCUUCGUCGACUUCUACGCCCCAUGGUGCGGCCACUGCAAGCGCCUUGCGCCCGAGUUAGAUGAAGCUGCACCGGUGUUGGCAGGGUUGAGUGAGCCUAUUGUUGUUGCCAAAGUCAAUGCUGAUAAAUACAGGAAACUUGGAUCAAAAUAUGGAGUGGAUGGGUUCCCUACCCUCAUGCUUUUUAUCCACGGUGUCCCAAUUGAAUACACUGGUUCGAGGAAAGCUGACCAGCUCAUAAAGACCUUUGUUGAGAAUGCUGGUACAAGCUUUCCUAUGUUCCUUGGUUUUGGGGUGAAUGACUCAUUGAUUGCUGAAUAUGGAAGGAAAUACAAGAAAAGAGCAUGGUUUGCUGUUGCUAAAGAUUUCUCUGAGGACAUCAUGGUAGCCUAUGAAUUUGAUAAGGUUCCAGCACUGGUUUCAAUCCAUCCAAAGUAUAAGGAACAAAGUUUGUUCUAUGGCCCAUUUGAAGAAAAUUUCUUGGAAGAUUUUGUACGGCAAUCCCUUCUCCCUUUGGUUGUCCCAAUCAAUACAGAGACGCUAAAAAUGCUGAAUGACGAUCAGAGGAAAGUUGUUCUCACAAUUUUGGAGGAUGAUUCAGAUGAAAAUUCUACACAGCUGGCAAAUAUUUUGAGAUCUGCUGCUAAUGCAAACCGUGAUUUGGUGUUUGGAUAUGUUGGAAUCAAGCAAUGGGACGAGUUUGUGGAGACUUUUGAUGUUUCCAAGAGCUCACAGCUGCCAAAGCUACUUGUGUGGGAUAGAGACGAGGAGUACGAGCUAGUGGAUGGUUCAGAGAGAUUAGAAGAAGGUGACCAAGCAUCUCAAAUAAGCCAAUUCCUUGAGGGAUACAGAGCAGGAAGAACAACAAAGAAGAAAAUCAGCGGCCCUUCUUUCAUGGGUUUCCUGAACUCUCUGGUCAGCUUGAGCUCGCUGUACAUCCUUAUAUUUGUCAUUGCCCUUCUGGUUGUCAUGGUUUACUUUGCUGGGCGAGAUGAUACUCCUCAGCCAAGACGAAUUCAUGAAGAGUGA